GGCUACUGCUGCUGGGUUCCGGUUUGAAUGCGAAUCUCUUGCCGCACGAAGAGGACGUAGACUUUAUCAACGAGUACGUGGACCUCCACAAUGAGCUUCGGGGGAACGUCUAUCCCCGAGGGUCUGGCUUGCGCUUCAUGUUACGGUGCUGCUGUGACUCGGAUAGGAUCAGAUUCAUCACUGGACCCCCGGACCUCUCACCCAGGACCCCAAGGGUGCAUCUUUGAAGCCUUUGUCUUCAUUCCUGACUGAUUGAUCGGGGAUCCAUUGACAUGGGAUGUAGCUUUAUCACGGACUGCUAGAGCAUGGGGGAAAAAAUGUGUGUAUGAGCGCAAUACUCACUUAGAAGACGUACAAAUGGCCCAUCCUAAAUUUUAUGGGAUUGGUGAAAAUAUGUGGCUUGGUCCUGAAAAUGAAUUUACUGCAAGUAUUGCUAUCAGAAGUUGGUUUGAAGAGAGGAAAAUGUAUGAUUUUCAAAAUGACAGUUGCUCUAAAAACUGUUCUCAUUAUCUUCAGCUUGUUUGGGACCGCUCUUACAAAGUUGGUUGUGCUGUUACUCCAUGUUCAAGAGUUGGACGUAUUAGAGAUGCAGCACUUUUCAUAUGCAAUUAUGCACCAGGAGCAACUCUAGCAAGAAGACCUUAUAAAGCAGGAAAAAUUUGUACUCGCUGUGGAAGCCAUGACAGAUGCACAGAUUUUCUAUGCAUUCUUCUAUCAACUUUUGAGAGAGGGAUAUUGAAGUCUUCAGUUGUAAUGCAGAUCGUGACCAAGCCAUAUGUAUGUAUUACCCUUUCUUUUUUGAACAAUUUAACUUCUUUAUGUGAAAUCCAGCUUUCAAUUGCUUUUUUAUUUACAGAUUACCGAUUCUGGUAUCCAAAGUGGGAAGUGCCCCGGCCAAUUGUGUGUGAUCCGCUGUGCGCAUUUAUUUUAUUACUGAGAAUAAUAUGUUUUAUACUAUGUGUCGUAAUUGUUUUGUUAGUACAGCCCUAUUUCCCAAAUAUUUUAUUGGAACGACAGAUGAUAUUUACCCCUGAGGAAUCUAUAAUAGAGAAAGAAAAACAGGUGGAAAAAAAGGAAAUGAAGGAGAAAGACGAGAAAAUAAAAAAGAAAGAACCAGCAAAAGAAGAGGAGGAAGAAGAAAUAAAGGAAAAGGAGGAGGAGGAGGAAGAAGAAGAAAUGGAGGAAGAGGAGGACCAGGAGGGAGAUGAAUCUUAAACCAAAAGUAUAGCACAAAAAAAAUAAAUAAAAUAAAUAAAACACUGAGCUUUAACAAGAAAAUAUGCAAACCACCAUUGCAUGUUUUUGUUAUUCCCUUCUCUUUUCUAUACUUAUUCAACAAAUUUAAAUUUGGAAAAUAAAGAAACAAACAAAAACAUGUAUAAUAACUAUUAAAAAUGAACUCAACACGAAGAACAAAUAUGUGAUAAUAGAAAAAUUGAAAAAGAUUUUACCAGGCUAAUUAAUCAUAUGAUUUCACCAUGGUGCACUGAUAAAGGAGGGUAUUUCUUCUAAAUAUGUUUCCAUCUCUGUGCUUUUAAUAUUCUUUAGAUGAGUUAAUAAGCUUCUUGAGAUUAAAUAAGAUUAUUCACAUAAGGUGCUUAAGACAAUUCCAAGUUCAGAACACCAUUUAAUAAACAUUUGGGGUUUUUAAAUUUUUUAUUAUGACUAUCAGAGUUGUUAAUGGUAGUGGUGGUAUUUUCCAUGUGGUAUCAAGGCAUCUAAUAUUGUUUAUAUUUGUGGUAUGUGUUUUUGGAAUGGUUUAAGUGCUACCUGUACAUCCUGUUAGGAGGCAAAUUUAUUAUUUCUACUUCAUGUUCAAUAUUUUAUUAGAGACUUGCUGUAAUUUGUUGCCACCCAAGGCUUAUAAAUGCCAAAAUUUUAAUUUGUGAUUGAGCAAUCUGGCUGCUUCCAGGUUUUUAGUAUAUAAUAAAUCAAUUUUUAAAAGUUAUUUACUUGUAAUUAUUCAAUAUGUAUAGUAAAAACUCAUAAAUUGGAUGUUAACUACUUACCACAGAUAAUACUAAUGAAUGAAUAAAAAUACCUAG